GAGAGGGGGGACGAAAACAAAUCCUGUGUGUUUAUCUUACAGCCAAAUGUUUAUAAUGUGAUACAAUGCACAACUCGCCUGAGAAUCAAACACCAGUCGUCUUUUUUUUUUUUUAUUGAGGAGGAAGGCGCCGUAGUGUUGCAUACCCCGGUUGCAUUUGAAGGCAGGAGACCUUGCUGACCGGACAGCAACUCUCAGCGCACAGGCUCCACCGGCUGCCACAUCUCAUCCCUGGGCUCCUGUAAGAGCCUCUCCGGGCGCCACAACCAAAUGAGGCUAACUGCCUCCCCGGAAGCUGCUCUCACAGAGGUAUCCACCCGUACCCGGGACUCCCGUGCACUGUCCUGGGCUCCAGUAGCCCACCCAUGCCUGUGAUCCCCAUCCCACGGCGGGUGCGCAGCUUCCAUGGCCCCCACACCACCUGCAUGCACUCGGCCUGUGGGUCGACACACGCGUCCAAGCUAGUGCGCACCAAGUACAACAACUUUGACCUCUACUUGCGCUCGCGCUGCAUGUACAGCUUUCUCCGUUUCCUCCUCUACUUUGGCUGCAGCCUGCUGACCUCUCUGCUCUGGGUGGCGCUCUCUGCUCUCUUCUUCCUGCAGUACGUCAGCGUGCGCGUGCUCCUACGGCUGCAGUACAAGCUGUCCGUCAUCCUGCUUUUGUUGGGGCACCGGCGCCUGGACUUUGGGGUGGUCAACGACCUGAUCAUCUACAGCAUGCAGAUCACCAUGUUUCUGGUGGGGGGGCUGGGCUGGUGCUUCAUGGUGUUUGUGGACAUGUAGCCGCGGCGUGAGCAACGCAGGAGCUGUAGUGUACGAUGCGAAUGUGUCACAUUGUAAUGUCAGCGUUCUGCGGUUUCGUGGGCCAACGCACACCUUUAGCAUGUCCCGUAGGACUGCUCCGUAUCACUCAGCUCUAGUCAAAAAAGACCCUUAAACUCAUUAAAUCUUAUUGGUUUAGUUUCAGACAUGAUAGAAUCCAAUAAGAAUCUGUGCAACAUCAGAUCUGUGAACCUUAAGCCAGUGGAUGAAAGAGUAUUUCUACUACAUUUUUAUUGUGUUUUCGGGCCAUUUGUAAACCAUUUUUCACGACUUUCAAAAGGGCAUCUUGAGUAGAAUCUCUUUUGUUUACAAUAAUGGAAAAUGUGACUGUCAAAGUCAAUGUGGCACGAAAAAGGUGAUGUAAUAAAUGACUGAUGUGCAUCAAGGCUGUGUGAGGCAAGGCAGUCAUGCGUGCCAAAAUAACACAAGUCGGGCCCGCAACGCAAAAGUGUACAAUGGUGCCGGGGGUGAUAUCAAAGGUUAUGUCGUGUCUAAACACAAUAUCAUGUAAAUAUACUUAUGUCACAGAAAUGAAGCUGAUAUGUCGUAGAUUGUGGUUGAUAAAGUGACCAAAACAAGUGACGUUGUCAACGACGGUGUGUACAAUGUGUUGUGGGAAGGGUGGGGCAGAGUCUGGCAAAGGGCCCCGUAUAAGUGAUAAACAUCAACUUUUUCUGUAAAGUUAAUUAAUAAAUUUAC